UUAGAUGUAUCAUUUGGUCAAUUAUUUUUUUCAUUUUAUUUUUACGAAAUUAUUUUAAUUAGUUACUAAGUUUAAAUACAAAACGUGAAUAAAGUUAAAGUUGUGAGGAUGGAGUCUGAUAAGAAAUAUUUGUCAAAUUAUAGACAUUUUUUUGAAAAUUUUGUUACUAUCGGAGACACUGCAGACCAACUUCCACUAAAAGUUAGUUUAUAUGAUUUGAAUGAAAAUGAAAUUACGGGAGAUGUCGUCUACUGGGCAAUACAGUAUUUGAAUCAGAAGAAAUGUCCCGAGCCAUUACAGUCUUUGCUUACAAAUAGAAUAUUAGAAGAAGUACGACAAACAUGUGAUAAGCAUCCGGCAGAAUGUGGUUUUCGAACAAAUGAAAAUGUGUACCAGGCGUUGAAAUUAAUGCAACUCGUCACUACGACAACAAAUGGUAUAUGUAAUCAGUACUUGGAUAAUACUCUACUGGACUCAUUACCUGCACCAGAUGCCAAUUGUUUUAGAAAGUACUCCUGUACAUCAACAAAAAAUCUUAGACGAAAGAUGGAGGACCGCUAUACUGCUGUACUUGAUUUAAAUACAACAUUUGGCGUACCAUCUGAGAAUGAUCAAUUAUGCAGUUUUUACGGUGUAUUUGAUGGGCAUGCUGGUCACGAAGCUGCUGCGUAUGCUGCUGCACAUCUACCUCAAUACUUAACAGAAUCUCCUUCGUACAAAUCAAAUAUGGAACUUGCACUAAAAGAGGCAUUUCUCAAAACGGAUAAGAGUUUUGUCGAAAAAUCACGGGCGGAAAAUUUACGUAGCGGAACAACAGUUGUAUCUGCAGUAUUGCAACCCCGAUUGUUAACUGUGGCAUGGGUUGGCGACUCGCAAGCUCUACUGGUCAAAGAAGGGCGUGUUAUGCAGAUUGUAGUACCACAUAAACCUGCACGAGAGGAUGAGAGAAAACGUAUCGAAGACCUUGGAGGAUUUAUUGUUCAGUAUGGCAUACCGCGUGUGAAUGGACAACUAGCUGUAUCUCGUGCGAUAGGCAAUGUAGAUCAUAAACCUUAUGUGACUGGAGAACCAGAUGUGAAAACGGUUUGUUUAGAUGGGCAUGAAGAUUUUCUUAUUCUUGCAAGUGAUGGUUUAUGGGAUUUUUUAACAGAAGAUCAUGCGGCAACUUUUGUUUAUGAUUCUGUAUGUAGUGAUCCAGAUAAUCCAGACCUUUGCAAUAAAAUAACUCAAGGAUUGGUGUGCCUUGCUAAGCAGCAUGGCAGUACUGAUAAUAUUACUGUAAUAUUAAUAUUUUUGAAAGUGCCCAAGUUUUUGGCAUCUCAGCAGUCAAAUAUGAAAAUAAAGGUUAAUGAUGACCUAUUAAAGGAUUGCCAUGAGCAUUACGAACAAUAUGAAAAUACAAAUACAAACAACAAUAAAGAUCAGCAGAAUAACAUUACACAGCCAGCAAGUGGCGACUACCAGAAGGAAUUAAAAGAUAACAUAAUUUAUAUCGAAUCUUUUAAUUCAUCAAAUUCGGAAAAUCGCGAGAAUACCAGUAAGUAAUUAUAUAUGCAUGCAUGUAUGUAUUAUGUGUAUGAAGGUGUGUUUGUACAUAUAUCUAUUAUAUAUCUUAUCUUGAAACAAAUUUUUAUUGAAUGUUUAAUUAAUUUUUUAAGGUUUA